AUGGGGGCGCAUCUGUCCCGGCGAUAUCUGGGAGAUAGCUCCAAGGAGCCCGACCCCCUACGAAUGCCCACCUUCCCGCCCGACUACGGCUUCCCCGAGCGCAAGGAGCGUGAGAUGGUGGCCACGCAGCAGCAGAUGAAUGACGCCCAGCUGGUGGUGAAGCAGCGGGACUACUGCGCCCACUACCUCAUCCAGCUACUCAAGUGCAAACGCGACAGCUUCCCCAACUUCUUGGCCUGCAAGCACGAACAGCACGACUGGGACUACUGCGAGCACCUGGACUACGUGAGCCGCAUGAAGGAGUAUGAGCGGGAACGCCGUCUGCUCCAGCGGAAAAAGCGACGGGAAAAGAGGGAGGCGGACUCAGCCAGGGGCCACGGGCCCGGUGAGGUGGCCCCCGAGGUGGCCCUGUAG